UAUAAUUUUUAUAAAAUGAAUUAUGAAAGGUAUUAUGACAAAAGAGGAUAUGGAAAUUAUGUUGUACAUUUUGCUAACAGUAACGGAUUAAAUGAGGAUACAGUUAUGAACCUGUUUUCUCGUUUUGGUAAAGUUGUGAAUGUAAACAAUCGUGGAAAAAGUUAUGGGUUGUGUUUUGUGAGCUAUGGAAGUCUUGAAGAUGUCAAACGGUGCAUUGCUGGUUUUGAAAAUGAUAAAGUUAUUAAAAUUUUGCCACAUAUAAAUAAAUUUAACAUUAACGGUGGAAAGAAACACAAAAAUAAAAACAAAUCUAUGUUUACAAAAGAGUUUGUCGAUCAAUCAAUGCACAUGACCUCCAGUGGAAAAUAUAAAUCUGAAGACCAACAGUCGGACAAGGAAUCUAAUUCAAGUAUCACAUAUAAAUUGAAAAAUUCAAAUUCGUCAAAAAUUAGUAGUGAAAAUUUAACUUCAGAGGACAAAAUAUUUGAUGAAACAAAAAUUCCACCUUUGAUGCCUAUUGAUAGAAAAUAUACAAGAAUUCAUAGAACUUCUAUGCCGUCCACCAAGUUUGUUCCAGCAGAAGAACAAUAUCAAAGAUGAUGACUACAGUAAAAACUGGAAUAUCAUAUUGCCAUGUUUAUUACAAAACAUACGAAGAAGCAAAUGCAACUA